AGCACUUCGAACUAACAGGGGGUGCCCCCUGACGUUUAAAAAGUGAGAGUUUUGGUGGAAUAAACCGCAAUCGGCGCGCGCAGCUUCGAACAGUCGUCCGUGGUGCUGCGUAGCUGUUGGACGUGCCCUGAACGUUUGGAAGUGUUCACUUAAAGCGAUUAACAAAACGCGAUGAAUUUGUCAAUUUGUAUGCUAAUCUGCGUAGCCGUUUGCCUAGCAGCGACGUCAGCGGCGCCGCAGCUGAGGCAGCGUAACGAGAAGCAGGUUCAGGAGGGAUUGCCUCCUAAAGGAGCCACCAUCGAGGAGGUAGUCCUUGAGUCGAGUCUGCACAUUAAGCCCAAGGCGCGUCAGAAUGUCAGACGCGUCCGAUCCGCGCUGGACGACACGCUGCGUGAAAUCUAUGCUGCACACAAGCGAGUGAAACGUCAGUUUGGACGUGGGCGGUUUGGUGGUGGAUUUGCCGGCAAUGCACAAGUUGGCACCCAGGCCGGCGGCACCAAUAGCGGCGUUAAUGUGGGUGCAGGUCCCAAUGGCGGCACUGCCGAUGCCAAUGUGAACCUCAAUCCACUCGGUCCCCUGGGACCUGAUGGCUACAAGCAGGAGCAGUCGGCCUCAAAUGGUGCGGCUAACAGCAACUUCAACAAUGGCUUCGAUUCCGGCUCAUCGGCGGCCAAUGCACAGGCACAGGGCUUCCAGUCGCAAAGUGCACUUGGAUCAUUUGGUGCAUCCUCCGCCAGCACGGCUACCCAAUCGCAGAAUUCGAAUCCAUUCGGCAACAACAACUCUGCGGGCGCCUCACACAGUCAAGUCUACAAGCUACCCAACGGCCAGACCAUUAAUUUCGCCUCAACAAAUAAUUUCGCCAAUAGUGGAUUCGGCAACAGUGCCAACAGCCAUGGUGGAGCUGUAUCUGUGACUGGGUAAUGCUAUGCCAGAGUGAAGGUAUUCAAUGUUACGAAGAAUCUUGUGCAAUUAUGUAUAGUCGAUUUUCAACUAAAUUCAGGUUAUUUUUCCCUAUUUAUACAUUUUUUACAAUAUCGUAAAAAAACCAAUAAAAUGGCCGCGUCGAAAAUAAUUCUAUAAAAAUUUACCAACACAUACGUAACGGCUUAUUAUGCCUUAUUUGCUUACCAUUUAGUUGUCAUUAACCAGUGUUCGCAAACUCCGAAAUACAUCGAGC